GCAAUUGCACGUCACUUUGGUUUUUGACACAGGAAACCGACCUAACCUCAAAGACAGCGUCAUCUCAUUGGUCGAUUUUGACAGCCGGCAAGUGUGGGGUCAGGGUCGGUGUAAGGAGGAGACCAAAAUAAAACCCAAAAAUCUGAUAACUAGAAAACAGUAAAGGAAAAUGAAACUCGAGAUUUGAGUGUUAAAGCUGUGACUUUUGAGGGUUUGUUGGGGUAAAAUGGCAAGACAUUUGAGGUGAUUAAUAGUGGAAGGUUGAGUAAAAUGGAACAUUUGAGGGAUUUCGGAAAAGUAGAUCCUGAUUAUGAGAGUUAUAAGUCUGCUCUGGAGUUAAAUGAAGAAGAAGAUAAGAAAGAAAAUUUAAUUAAGAUAAGGAAGAUUAUUGAAGAAGCAUACAAUAAGGAAAUUCUCGAGAGGCAAGAACAGAUUGAACAAAUUGAAUUACAAAUAUGCAAAGUCCGCAAAAUUUUACAUUUAUUACGCUAUGCCUUAAUUAUGUCCUACUACAAGAAAAAGGAAUUGGAAUACAACGGCAACGAGGACGAAGCCUCCACUUCCGACCCCCUUCUCACCCCUGAUAAGCAAAGUCGCAUUCACCCUGCCCUCAAAAAACUCCUCGGCAAAAAUAUCAACAACCUUGAUCACUUGAACCUCAAAGACAAACGAAAAAGUACUUCCAGAAGCCCCCGUAUCCCCGAACCUCCAACCCCCCCAGAAAGCAAAAAAAUCAAACUCGACCCCGAUAUCCCUCAAACACCCCCCAAAACCCAAACUCCGGAAUCAACCACCCGAAACCGGAAAAAAACGACACAUCGCCUAGUCAUCGGCAACAUCUCAAAAUGGAUGCCAUCAUCGGAAGACGAUCUUUUGACCCACAAAUGGAUGGUGUACGUCCGGGGCCCUAAAGACAACCCUGACGUGUCCCAUUUUGUCGAUAAAGUCGUUUUCUACUUACACCCGUCGUACAAACCACACGAUGUGGUUGAAGUUAGCGAAUCGCCGUUUCAUUUGGCGCGUCGUGGGUGGGGCGAGUUUCCAGUUCGAGUACAAAUCUUUUUUAAAGUGAUUUUAAAUAAGCCGAUCGAUGUUGUACACAAUAUUAAGUUGGAUAAGACUUUCAGUGGGAGGCAGACGUUAGGGAAUGAGACGAUUGUUGAUGUUUUUCUUUAUGAUAGUGAUGAAGCUAAACCGGAACUUGAACAUGAUUAUUGUUCCGGUGUUGAGAAGAAAAUUGAAGAAAUUAAUUUUGAUCAUUGUUAUUGUUUGCCAGCCUCGAGUGAGGGCUUGCCUAAGGUGAAGAAAGAGAAGAUUGAACAAGACGAAGACAAUAAACUAAUCUACGGGUUGGAGUCGUACUGUGGGGAAAAUCACGAGAAAAUAACACCAAAUCAAUUAGUUUUAAAUCGGAAGGAUAUCAGGUUCAAUAAUACGAAAAUUCUAGUUUUCGGGAAAAAACUAGAAGGUUGCGUUUUGACCAAACUUAACCAAAAUAAUUCGAGAAACACAAAAAAUGAGACGAAUAAUUUUAAAUUAGUUUUGCCUUCGCAUCGUUUUAAAAAUAUAGGGGAGGCUUUACCUUAUCUCUUCAAAAGGUUGCCCCUUUUUAGUGAUUUAGCAAAUAAUACUAACUACAAACGUAUUUACCCUUUUACUGCCUCUAGUUUGAAAGAAUUCGUGAGCUGGAAUGUGGGCAAAAGACGAAGUUCGGAGUGGAGUCGUGCAAGACUUAUUAAAAAAAUUCUAACUUCGGAAAAACUUUACGGUUUUGAAAAUUGGAAUACUAAGGCCAUUUUGAUGUAUGGAAGGUCACACGACUACACACCAUUUAUUUCUUUUGGUCUUUUUAAUCGAGAGUCGGAGGAGAAAAAAUUGCUUCUGUCGUCCUACUCCUCUGAUCCAAGCAUUGGUCAUUUUCGUAAUCAUACGAAAACAAUUGAACAACCGGAAAUCACAGUUAACAUUGAGUCAGACUCGGAGUCGCCGAAGAAAAAUCAUUCUGUGAUUGACAUCACCGACCCUCAUUUAAAACUCGAGUGUUCUUUCAUCCGCCAAACGGCCCUGGAUUGUGGAAUUAUCCUCAAACCGGAGGAAAUCGUAGAAGGAGUGAAGUUUAACGGUGCUGAAAUGAUGAUUCUCGAAGCUGUGAAAUGUCUCGCCGAGAAUCUGAUCCGGCGAGGGAAGAAUCAUAGAGUUUGUACGAGAAUUAUUUCGAGUAAUUCUAGUACAAGUGUAAUAAGUCGGGAGGACGUCGAGAUGGCCAUUAAUGAGCGGCCGGAGAUGUUCUCGUUGAAACAAUUCAAGAACGAGAGGAGAAAUUUUGAGUAUUUCUCAUAAAAUGUCCGUGAUUUGUGAUUAAAUACACUAUUUUUCCAACC